ACUUCCUUUGUUGUUGAUGAAGUCAGUAGCAUCAUCAAAGAGGCCAUAGAAAGUGCGAUAGGUGGCAAUGCCUACCAGCACAGCAAAGUGAACCAGUGGACAACAAGUGUGGUGGAACAGACACUGAGUCAACUCACAAAGUUGGGGAAGCCUUUCAAGUACAUUGUGACCUGUGUGAUUAUGCAAAAGAAUGGUGCUGGGCUGCAUACAGCAAGCUCUUGCUUCUGGGACAACUCCAGUGAUGGAACCUGCACUGUGAGAUGGGAGAAUAAGACUAUGUACUGUAUUGUCAGUGCCUUUGGACUUGCAAUAUAAUUGCCUUGAAAUCCUUACCUUUUCUACUCCAGCACUUGAUUCCAUCUCUGCUCAAACUGUGAAGACACUGAACAACUUCUGUUUUUAAUGUACUUUUUAAGUAACUUUUUUCCAAAUGUAGAAAUGUGAAAACAUGUUGUUACAUGGUUUAUGUUUGUACUUAGUAUUGUACUCAUGUUGCCAGACUGUCUUAACACUUCAAGAAUUUCUCUUCAAGGUGCUAAUACUGAAAUCUGCUGCAGCGUAAACACUUCCUCUACAUUUCUUGUUUUUAAGACCAAUACAAACAAGACACCAACUUUCACACUUUGUACUCUUCGUAGCAUUAAAUUAUUGAAAUUCAUAA